AUGUAUUUAAGUAAUCUCUAAUUAUAUGAAAGUAAUAUUGAAAGUUACUGAAACGAAUAGAAGGGUAAAUAUGAAAUAUAAUUGAAGAUUAAGAUUAUUUAUAGGAGGAGUAUUAAGGAUUAGAAAUAAUUGAGUUAGAUAUGAAAGAGAAAUAGAUAGUAAAUAAAAAAGUAAAAUAUUGGUGAUAUAACAUAUCCGUUUUAAUAAUUAAUAAUAAUGUAUAAGGUAAUAUUAUUAUGUUCACUUGUAAUAUUUGGAAGUAGUUUGACAGAGAGUGAAAGACUUUUGUAAUCCUUAGAAAGUAAUGAGUUUGGAAAGACAAUAAUUUAAAUGAUCUAAAUUCAAUUGUAAGGAAACAGCAGUGUUGAUAAAAUAAUAGAUUUGUUAAGUUAGAUGAAGGAUAGAAUAAAUAGUGAAUAAGAUAUGGAGAGAUAAAAGUCAAGAGAUCAUACAUAAUUUUGUGAUGACAAAUAUGAUGAAAUAUUAUUUGUUAUAGAUUCAUCAGAAUAUUAAUUAGCAAAAGAUUAAUAAACAUUGCCAUUAUUUAUUUAAGAAUAAAAAAAUAAAUAAAGAUAAUUAUUAGAUAAAGAAGAAAUUGAAGAGAGAAAUAAUUAACGUAUAGGAGAAUUAACAGAUUAAAGAGAUUUAACAAGAGUAAUAAAAAAAUUUAAACAUAGUAAUAAUAUGAGAAUAGAAGAGAUGAAUUAACAACAAUGAUAGGUGCAUUACAAGAAGGAAGAAGAAUAAUUAGUAAGUUAAGUACAAAGAAAUGGGAUCCUUUGAGUGGAACAUUUUCAUUCCUUGAAUUUUCAUAAUUUAUGUUUAAUGAAUUAGAAUCACAUUAAAAGUCUUUAAAGAAAUAAUCAAAUGGAAUAGGAUUGUUAUAUGAAUUGCUAUUAGAGACAUCACAGUAAGAUGGUGCUGAUUAUUUAUUAGAGAUCCAGGAAUAUAGGCAAAUUAAUAAGGUGUAGCAAAGAUUUAAGAGAUAAUGGAUGAAUUAAUAGAGAGCAUAUUUGAUUUAUUAAAGAAAGAAUUAUUGGAAGAUAAUGCAAGAGAAUAAGAUUAUUAGAAUUAAAAGGAAAGAAUAGUAAUUUAGAAUAGAAGAUUAUAAGCUACAAUAGCAACAUUUAGAGCUAGAGUAUUGAUAAUAAAUUAAACAAUACUUGAAUUGAAUAAUGACAUAAGAUUCAAUACUGAAGUAAUUGAUUUAAUUUAAAUAUAGAAAUCUACUCUGCUCAGAAAAUAGAAGGAUGAUUGGGAAAAAACAUGUGUAGAUUAUCAUAAUGGAUAUGUUGAGGCUACUAAAAUUAGGUAUAAUUUUAUAAUAAAUGAUAUUAGAACAUAAUAAAGUGACAUAUUAACAGAAGUUAUUUAAGUGUUUAAUAGAAAUUAUAAUGAAUUCCCAAGUUUAAUUUAGAAUAUAACAGUUUGA